UAUUUUCAAAAACAUGAGAAACCCCAUAAAAAAAUAUGUAUUUUUCUCUCAUAAAGCCCCAAAUAAUUUCCCUGAUCCCCUCAGCUUUGCUCUCACCACCCAGGCCCGAGGUUGUACCCUUGCCUCUUCUCUGUGGAAAACAGCCUGGCCUGAACCCUGUUGCCUGGCAACCUUGCCUCCUUGAGAUGGCUCCAGUGGUCCAUCAGGCAGCCCUCAGCUGACUGAUGGAACAGGUUGGGGGUCCUGAGGGGGUGGGACACACUAGGCGGUGCACUCCCCACCCCCAUGGAUGUGGCAGUGCCCAGGGGUGGGGUGAUAAUUGUUUCUCAUAGUGUCUGAAGGACUCUUGUCCGAGAGGCAUGAAUUCCUAGCAUUCCCUGUGCCAGGACAGGAUGGGGAGAUGGGGGCAGGGGAGAGGGUACAAGCCGCACCCAGGGCGAGGCCACAGCAGUGAGGGGCAGACAGAGCCAGGAGCCUGGGAAGGAAGCAGGAUGGCAGCAGGCGCAGCGGUCGGAGCCUGGGUGCUGGUCCUCAGUCUGUGGGGGACAGUGGUAGGCGGUCAAAACGUCACAGCACGGAUCGGGAAGCCCCUGGUGCUAAACUGUAAGGGUGCCCCCAAGAAACCCCCCCAGCAGCUGGAAUGGAAACUGAACACAGGUCGGACAGAAGCUUGGAAGGUCCUGUCUCCCCAGGGAGGCCCCUGGGACAGCGUGGCUCGGGUCCUCCCCAAUGGCUCUCUCCUCCUGCCAGCCAUCGGGAUCCAAGAUGAGGGGACUUUCCGGUGCCGGGCAAUGAGCCGGAAUGGAAAGGAGACCAAGUCCAACUACCAAGUCCGAGUCUACCAGACUCCCAGGAAGCCAAAAAUUGUUGAUCCUGCCUCUGAACUCAUGGCUGGUGUCUCCAGUAAGGUAGGGACAUGUGUGUCUGAGGGGGGUUACCCUGCAGGGACGCUGAGCUGGCGUUUGGAUGGGAAAGUCCUGACACCUGAUGGCAAAGGAGUGUCUGUGAAGGAAGAAACCAGGAGACACCCUGAGACAGGGCUUUUCACACUCCAGUCGGAGCUCACGAUGACCCCAGCCCGGGGAGGCACGCCCCACCUUACCUUGUCCUGCAGCUUCAGCCCUGGCAUUCCCCGGCGCCGAGCCCUGCACACCGCCCCCAUCAAGCUCAAUGUCUGGGCCCCAGAGCCUGUGCCUCUGGAGGUCCAGUUGCUGGUGGACCCGGAAGGUGGAGCAGUAGCUCCUGGUGGGACCGUCACCCUGACCUGUGAAGCCCCCGCCCAGCCUCCUCCUCAAAUCCACUGGAUCAAGGAUGGCACACCCCUGCCCCUGCCCCCCAGCCCGGUGCUGCUCCUCUCUGAGGUAGGGCCUCAGGAUCAGGGGACCUACAGCUGUGUGGCCACCCAUCCCAGCCAUGGGCCCCAGGAAAGCCGUGCCAUCAGCAUCAGCAUCAUCGAAACAGGCGAGGAGGGGCCGGCUGCAGGCUCUGUGGGAGGCCCAGGGCUGGGAACUCUAGGCCUGGUCCUGGGGAUCCUAGGAGGCCUGGGGACAGCCACCCUGCUCAUUGGCAUCAUCAUGUGGCAAAGAUGGCGACGCCGGGGAGAGGAGAGGAAGGCCCCAGAGAACCGGGAGGAGGAGGAGGAAGAACGUGCAGAGCUGAAUCAGUCGGAAGAGCCCGAGGCAGCCGAGAGCAGUGCAGGGGGACUGUAAAGGAACCACAGCCCCCCAUGGCCCCCGUCCCUCAGCUCCCUUUCCUUUCCCCACACGGCCUGGCCCCAGAACAGUUCCCCUGUAUAACCUCUACCCACCCCGCCAAGCUUUCUUCCACAACCAG